AUGGCAUAUUAUAGGGUUGACGUAGAUGAGGCUGAUGUUGCUGUGCUAAACCAAAACUUGGUGAAGUCGAAAGAAUUAUUUGACAGUAUCAACAAGUCGUUGCAGAAGAUAUCUCAGAAAACACAGACGGCACAUAGUACAAUCAAGCCAGUACUUGCACAAGUGAAUAAGUUAAGUGGGUCGAAAAAGGAGGUUGAAAAGGGGUUGGCGCUACUUUCUGAGAUCGAUGAGAGUGUUUCGCGGAUUAAUGGGUUUGAAAACUUGCUCAAUAAUAGUAUUGAGACAAUUGGACUAUUGAAGUAUAUGUCUACAUUGAGCCAGGCGCGAGAAUUAAUGAAUCAAAUCAAACCCAAUUUUAAACAAUUUAAAGGGAUAGUUGACAAUUUCGAAGCCGUUUUGGCGAGAGCGGAGCUAAAAGUGCAAAACUACAUAGAUUCUGUGUUGAACUCCGACGCCGAUCUCUUGGUUGAAAAGAAGAAUGAUGUCAAGGUUAUAUUUGAGUAUUUCAUCAAACAGGGUAAUGAUCAGCAUAUAACCAGUAUCUAUGUGGAGAAACGUGGAAGGCAAUUGUCUGCCAGGUUGAAGGCAGUAGAAGUGCAAGUGAAACCAACACAAAUCGAUGCUCCUUACGAGAAAUUGCAAAAUGGUAUAAAUAAAUAUACCGAUGCAGUAGAUGAAGCUGCCAAGCAGGAAAUCCUCGUUCUCAAACAGUGUCAAUUGCCAUUAAAGUUGAUUGGACCCAUUCUGGAAUAUGCAUUGAGCGAAUAUAACCAAGUAUUAUUAUCCAUAUUCCUGCAAUUGCAGGUUCAGCUAGAUUCUCGCAAUGAAUCGAAUUUGAUCCUACUUGAAGUGGUUGACAACCUAUUACGAUUAGAGCAUCUUUUGAAGAACCGCUAUAAUGUCAACAAUGCAUCAUUUGAUAAAAACCUCGACAAUUUCAUCAAGCUAGGAUCAUCACUUUUCCCUCAUUUUAUAAGGCAAGUGGAUGCGAAAUUUUCUACCUUGACGCAAUUCACUGAAUCGAGCAUUCAUCAGUUAACAGCGGACUCGAUAAAUAUUGCACGUAAAAUGUGUGAAUUUAAGCAACCAUUGAUUAAACUAAUUUCAACGCAUACUGCCGGUGACUGGAUCAAUCCCGAGCCUAAACUAAACUACAUUGGAACAUUCUCGUCGCUACUUCCCAACUCAGUACAAAACUCGUCACCUGAAUUCAUGCUAUCCUCGUAUUUCACAGAUAUAAUUGAUUGUAUAAUGAUAAACCUCCAAAUAGGAUUAGACAAGGGUGCCAAACAUGCAGCAUCAUCAGGAGACCACCAUCAUCAUCAUUAUCAUUCAAUGAAGAAAUCAGCGCAGGGGUUCUUAUUAGUGAGGAACUUGUACAUGAUUGAAACAAUAAUCAAUAGGUCUCAAGAUAUCUUCAAUAUUUUAGGCACUAAUGGCCAAGAACGAAUUGCUAAAUUGAAGAAUCGAUUUAUCAAAAUAUUCCUUGAAGACUGGAGUUACGCAUCGUAUAUAAUUAUAAAGGGAAUGACUCAAAUUGCCGCACAGUCGGGUCAAGUGACCUCGUCAACAUCAGCAACAACAGCGACUGCAGUUGCAACCUCAGCAAACAACACCAUUUCCUCUAUUUCCACAGCGACAAAUCUUUCUUCAAAAGAAAAAGACCAAGUUAAGGAUCUAUUUAGAAAAUUUAACGAAGCCUUUGAGGAUGCUUUGAGUAACUACCAAACUUUUAAUUUUGGAGAUCAAAAUUUGAAACAUCAAUUGGCUAUCGAGGUGAAGAAGCUUAUUUUGAAUGCCUAUUUCAAAUUGUAUGAUAAGUACGGAAAUGUUGAUUUUGCAAAGACAAAGAGCAAAUAUGUCAAAUGGGACAGGAAGGAGUUUGAAAAAUUGCUAAAUGACAAAUUAUGA